UACAAAUCUCUCUCUUUCCUAAGCUUACUAAACCCAUAGUUAGAAAGAGAAAAUAAACUUUAACAAAAUAAAAGAUGGAGAAUGUGGGAAGUAGAGUGAUAGAGCCACUAAUAGUGGGAAGAGUGGUAGGAGAUGUUCUUGAUUUCUUCACUCCAACAAUUAAAAUGAGUGUGAGUUACAGCAAGAAGCAAGUCUCCAACGGCCACGAGCUUUUCCCUUCCUCUGUAUCCUCCAAGCCUAGGGUUGAGAUCCAUGGUGGUGAUCUUAGAUCCUUCUUCACCUUGGUGAUGACAGACCCUGAUGUUCCAGGUCCUAGUGACCCCUUUCAAAAAGAACACCUGCAUUGGAUCGUCACUAACAUCCCCGGUACAACAGACGCUACAUUUGGAAAAGAGGUGGUGAGCUAUGAGUUGCCAAAGCCAAGCAUAGGGAUACACAGGUUCGUGUUUGUUCUGUUCAAGCAGAAGCAAAGACGUGCUGUCUUCCCAAAUAUCCCUUCGAGAGAUCACUUCAACACUCGUAAAUUUGCGAUCGAGCAUGAUCUUGGUCUCCCUGUCGCAGCUGUCUUCUUUAACGCCCAGAGAGAAACCGCAGCUCGCAGACGUUAAAUUACAUUAUUUUCCAUCAAAUGCAAAAACAACAAAAAAGUAAUAACAUAAGGAUGAAAGAAUGUAAGAAAAAAAAAUGUAACCAUGUUUAUUUCUGUUCUAAAUUUCCGUACUUUGAAUAAAGACUGACAGAGAUUAGUUGAACCGAAAAAA